UGUGAAACACUGAAACGGCAAAUCAGUCCUAUCUAUAUUUCUGGUUUUAAAAAAUAAAUCAAACAGUCCAGCAUUAGAUAAAGCAAACUGAUGACUGAAUUGUUAUUGUGCACAUAAAACGAGAACGUAUAUUAUUGCUGGUUCUUUAUUUUAUUUUCGCAUGUCAAGGCAUAAAAGGAACAUAAAGAUAAAUGUAUGUCUGUGACCAAACAUAAAUGCGUUUUGUAUUGUUUUGUAGUUAAGAAUAUGUGGCAGUUAAGUGGCGAAAACUUCAACGAUUGACAGAUUGUGAGGUUUUGUCGUGGUGUUUACAAUCAAAAACCAUUUCAUUUAAACUUUAGAUUGUAGUAAAGGUUUUUUUUACUGGAAAAAUGUUAUGUCCAAAUUAAAAAUAAUGAAUAUUCAAGUAAUCUAUAUAUUCUCUGUAACCCAAGAAUCAUGUCCAUUUUAUGUUUAUGAUGGUAUGUAAUCACAAAUAAAACAAACAUGAUAUAUAGAAAUUUGUUUCAAAGUAUCAACAGCCAUCCAGAUGAGUUUAAGUUAUGGACCUUAUUCUAGAUAAACAUUAUACUUUAAUUACAUUUAAUUACUUGUAUGUCAAAGUCAUAGUCUUGUUUUCAUUUGCAAAGUAGCUGAAUAAGGUUCAUAUUUACAGGUAAUGUAUAGGAGACUUUUACAAAAGACUGAAUAUAGAUAUUUUAAAUAAUUUUCCUUUUAAAAAAAACUUACUAUGGUAAACAUAAGUCAAUAAUUAAAGGACAAAACGUCUUUUACAAUAAUAACAAAAACUGCACUAUGGAAUUUUUGUGGAAAACUAUGGUUACUGUGGUAAAUGCUAAGGAAUAAAGAACAAUACUUCAGUCAUUCUCUAACAAUAGUAAGAAAAAAAAUUGUACUAUGGUAUUUUGGUGUAAACCAUGGUAUAUUCUGUAAGGGUUAAAGAACAAUACUUAUAUUUCUCUUACACCAAAAACAAAAAACACACUGGAAUUUUGGUGGAAACUGAUACAAUGGUCAAUUUUGUAAGGGAUAAUACUUGAAAUUCCUUCAGUGUGCAGUUGAAGGGUGUGCCACAGGCUUUAGAGAAGAACCAGCACAUGAUCAGACGUCGAGCGAGACAGAUCAGCGUGAACUUUUGCUUUAUUUUAUCCUAUACCAUUUGUGAUCUAUUAGAAGAGCAAGCCCACCCUGAUUCACACUGACCACUCAUAGGUUGAGGGGAAACGAAGACUGACACAUAGACAUUUUGCAAUUGAAACUGAAAGAUGGCCGAGCAGCUGCAGAAACUUGUUGCACAGAAGAAGGAUGUUGUCGAGACCGCGAUGGAAAUGUUUGAGCAGGGUGCAGAAGUGUUGGCCAGCAUCGCUGGAGAUCUGUUCCCUGUGUUCUCCAUUGCAGCUCCUAUUGUCAAGCUGGCGCUGGAUAAUGUAGAAAGCAAAGAGGCCGAGUACAUGAAGGAGCAGUUCCAGAAGGUGCGAGAGCGCCUGGAAGUCGUUUCUGAAGAGAUCCAGCAGAUAAACCAGGAGAUCAAGAAGAGUGGGGUAGAUGCCACCUACUUCUCCGUGGAGGAGAAUCUAACCAACCAAUUCCGCAAAUUCAUGGACGUCCUGAAUGCGAAACCCAAAUUCAGAGAGGUCCGAAAGAAAACGUUCCUGGAACACUUCAACAGGACAGGGGGUGACAAAAACUUGCACACUCUGUAUAAUGCCGUAACAGGAGAUAACUUCUCAGGAGAGUCUGUUCUGGAAAUCACUCUGAAUUACGAGCAAAAGAGCCGCAGGGCGGUGGAGGAGUUCUGCGCUAUGCUUAAGAAAUUGUUCUGCAUCGGUUUGAUCGCCUUACUGGGACAGGCGGCAUUGAAAGGCGAUGACGAUGAAGAGAAGUUGCUUCAAGAUUGGAGCGAGAAAAUGAAAGUGGUCCAGUCUAAAAUGAACGUCGUGAUUGAAGACUGCAUCAACAGCUUUCCGGCGCAGGCCGAGCUGGACGCCAAACGCAUAGUGAGAGACCAAAGUGACAAAAGCAACCAGCAACUGGCCGACAUGCUGGUGGAGCACCUGAAAAAGAAAUACGACUGGGUGUGCUGGUCAGUCCGCAUAUUUAACUCGCCCACUGGGCUGUUCACCAACAAGAAAGACUUCCAGGGUUUGACAGGAAAGAGUCGCUUUCUGGUGCCUGCGUCGGAUGAUAAACUAAAUGUUGUGGUCUCCUACAGCGCCUCGCCUGAACCCCUCGAUAAAGCCAGGAUACAGAGCCUGGUCACGGAGCAGAAGAAGAUCGCGAUGACGCCGAUGGCUGAACUGCUUUUUGACGCGAUCCCUCUCUGUGUGGUCCACACAGUCAAGACCUCAUGCAAAGAUUUGGGCUUCUCCAGCAGCUUCUCUGAUGAGCUGCACUACUUUGAAGAGUUCAAGAACUUUUAUGUCUUUCUACAUUCUGCUUAAACAAGGCAUGGAAUUAGAAAUACUAUUAUUGACAGCUAAAUAGAUGUUGUAGGAUAUGUUCACACCAUGAUAUUCCAUUAAACCACUAUAAUUAGAGUGUUUAUCCUCUCUAAGGUUAUGACUUUAAUGACCAAAAUGUACUCUACGCUUUCUUUUUUCAUCUUUUUUCCUAGUAUUGCCUUAUCUGUGUUUAUAAAAGUUAUAAAUGAACACUUUUAAUAUAUCAAAUUUGUUUUAAAUAUCAAAUUUGUGUUUUUACUCCCUUAUUAGUGUAUACUGUGUGAUGGUAGCCUAUAAUUUAGGCUGGUGACACAAGUAGAGUAGUCUCAGAUGGCACGCCAACAGACCGUCCACGUUCCCUGAUUGUAUGCAAAAUGUUUGCACAAAUGUGUUUAAAAGUUAUGAACACUUUGAGGAAGAACUAAUUACUAGUUUUGACAAAGUUCAUCUCAUUUAUAGCUUUACAUCUUUGACAAAACACUUCUAGGUAUCUUAGAUUUUUUUGUUUUCUUUUUAAAAUAUUUUAAAAUAUUUUAUUGUAAGUUUUUAACAAUGUACAAAGCAAGGAGCACAAACAAAGCAACAACAAUGGAAAAUAAUGAAUGAAUAGCAAAAUAAAUGAAAUAAAAUAAAGAACAAAAAUGUGGGCUAACAUAAACAAAGCAUAGAAAAAAGAUUGAAAUGUACAGAACUUCUGAUUGCUAAAUCUGAAUAUAUAUAUAUAUAUAUAUAUAUAUAUAAUCAUAAGUUGCAGAGUGAACCAGACUUUUAUAAUGUUACAAAAGAUUUCUAUUUUUAAAUAAAUGCUGUUAAUUUAAAAUUUCUAUUCAUCAAGUUUAAAAAGCACAACUGUUUUCAACAUUGAUAAUAAUAAAAAAAAAAGUUUCUUAAGUACCAAAUCAUUAGAAUGAUUUCUGAAGGAUCACGUGACACUAAAAAUUCAGCUUUGCCAUCACAGGAAAUUGAAUGAAAUUUAAAAAAAAAUCUAUUCAAGUAAAAACAAAAAAAACAAAAACAGUUAUUUUAAUCAUAUUUCACAAUAUUACUGUAUGUUGAUCAAAUAAAUGCAUAAGCAUAAGAGACUUCUUGCAAAAAAACAAAAAAAAUCUUACAGAUGCCAAAUUUUUUAAUGGUAGUGUAUGUUUGAAUGAUAAAUAAUCUCAGCUUUUUCAUUUUAGUGCAGAACAGCAAUAACAUUCCUGUAGUCAAAUAAAAUGUCUUCAAAGCAUCAAAGUCCACAUGAAAUCAAAAUGGACCCCAUUUACUUCAUUAAUGGAUGAUUCCAAAUGAAACUAUCAAAGUAAAAUGGGUCAUGUGUUUACUUUGGUGUCUGCAACAAUCAAAAAAACAAAGUCUGGAUCUGGUUGAGAGCACAUUUAUUGCUGACAUGAUGUAGUAUACAACCUACAUUUUUCUUCUGAUAUUGUUUAAUAAACAAUCCAUCAAUCAGUCUAA